GCCGGAAGUCGUGCGACCACGCGUCUCGAAAGAUGGCGGCGUCCAGGAGAACGGGAGAGGCCGGCCCGGGCUGCUCCCAGGGACGCGUGGUCCGCAUGAAGCGCAGAGGCGGGCGCGGGCCGCGCCGCAGUCCUGGUGGCGGUGGGGAGAAGGCCCUGAAGAGGCUCAAGCUAGCAGUGGAGGAGUUCGUGCACGCGACUUCGGAGGGCGAGGCUCCCGGGGGUUGCGAGGGGCGCGGCGCCCCGGUGAGCUUUCGCCCGGGAGGGAGGAAAAGCCGCAAGGAACUAAGGAAGGAGAAGCGGCACCUGCGGAAAGCACGCCGGCUGCAGAGGACGGCGGGCCUCGACCAGGGUCCCAUCCCGGGAGGCCGAAGCAGAGCCGAAGAAGCGAGCGGUCCCCGGCGGGACACGGAGGAGCGCGCCCGCCCAGCCCCUAGUCGGGACCCCUCGCCUCCCAAGAAGCCGCGGCCGUCCCUGGUCAAGGCCAAGGCCACGGCCCCCACCGCAAAGACCAGACCCUCCGCAGCCGCCUCCGCCGCUGCCCGGAAACGGGCGCUUCUAGCGGCCAACGAGGAGGAGGACCGAGAGAUCCGAAAGCUGGAGCGUUGUCUCGGCUUGAACAAGCGCAAAAAGAAGGACGGCAGCAGCUCUGUGCCGCUGAGCUUUGCACGCGACGGUCUUGACUAUAUUCUGGGAGCCCUGGAGUCUGGGAAAAAUAGCGGCUUGUACGACAGCAGUGGUGAGGAGGAGGAAGAUGCCGGACAGACACUCCCCGAAAGUGACUUAGAGAGUGACUCCCAGGACGAAAGUGAGGAGGAGGAGGAGCAGGAGGACGUAGAAAAGGAAAAGAAGGCGCAGGAAGCAGAAGCAGAAGCGCAGAGCGAGGACGACGACGAGGAUACAGAACAGGAACAGGGGCAAGAAAAGGGAAAGGGAGCGCAGGAGAAAAGGAGGGGGAAGAGAGUCCGUUUUGCAGAAGAUGAAGAAAAGAGUGAAAAUUCCUCGGAGGACGGUGACAUAACGGAUAAGAGUCUUUGUGGAAGUGGUGAAAAGUACAUCCCACCUCAUGUGAGGCAAGCUGAGGAGACAGUGGACUUCAAGAAAAAGGAAGAACUAGAAAGGCUGAAGAAACAUGUAAAAGGUCUACUUAACAGGUUGAGUGAACCCAACAUGGCUUCCAUCAGUGGGCAGCUGGAGGAGCUGUACAUGGCCCACAGCAGAAAGGACAUGAAUGACACCCUGACCUCUGCCCUCAUGGGUGCAUGCGUCACUGCCUCGGCCAUGCCCAGCAGACUGAUGAUGGAGCAUGUUCUCUUAGUCAGCAUCCUUCACCACACAGUUGGAAUCGAGGUCGGUGCCCACUUUCUGGAGGCGGUGGUGAGGAAGUUCGAUGCCGUCUAUCAACAUGGAAGCGAAGGGAAAGAGUGUGACAACCUGUUCACCGUCAUUGCCCAUUUAUACAACUUCCACGUGGUACAGUCUCUCCUCAUCUUCGACAUUUUGAAAAAACUGAUUGGAACUUUCACCGAAAAAGAUAUUGAACUGAUCUUGUUAAUGCUGAAAAACGUGGGUUUUUCAUUGAGGAAAGAUGAUGCUUUAUCACUUAAGGAACUGAUCACUGAAGCCCAGACCAAAGCCAGUGGGGCAGGCAGCGAGUUUCAGGACCAGACCAGGAUUCGGUUUAUGCUAGAGACGAUGUUGGCUCUGAAGAACAAUGACAUGCGCAAAAUUCCAGGCUAUGACCCUGAGCCUGUGGAGAAGCUGAGGAAACUGCAGAGAGCUUUGGUCCGCAACGCCAGCUCAGGUUCUGAGACUCAGCUUCGCGUCUCCUGGGACAGCGUCUUGAAUGCGGAGCAGACGGGUCGCUGGUGGAUUGUGGGGUCCGCCUGGAGUGGGGCCCCAAUGUUCGACAACAGUCACCAUACACACCUGCAGAAGCAGCUUGCGGGGACGGUCAGCUCAAAGAUGCUAGAACUUGCCCGGAAGCAGAGGAUGAACACGGACAUCCGGAGAAACAUAUUCUGCACAAUAAUGACAAGUGAAGAUUUUUUGGAUGCUUUUGAAAAGCUUCUGAAGCUUGGACUCAAGGAUCAGCAGGAGAGAGAAAUCAUUCACGUUCUCAUUGAUUGCUGCCUUCAAGAGAAAACUUACAAUCCCUUCUAUGCUUUCCUGGCUAGCAAAUUCUGUGAAUAUGAAAGGAGAUUUCAGAUGACUUUCCAGUUCAGCAUAUGGGACAAAUUUCGGGACUUGGAAAACUUGCCAGCUAUGAAUUUCUCUAAUUUGGUUCAUCUGGUGGCCCACUUGUUGAAGACAAAAUCGCUUUCCCUUUCCAUCUUAAAGGUAGUUGAAUUCAGUGAAUUGGACAAACCCAGAGUCCAUUUUUUACGAAAAGUAUUAAGUAUCCUAUUAGUGGAAACAGAAGUUGAAGACCUCAGUUUAAUUUUCACAAGAGUAUCUGACAACCCAAAGCUGGGGAUGUUACGUGAGGGUUUGAAGCUUUUCAUCAGCCACUUCUUGCUAAAGAACGCACAGGCCCACAGAAGCGCCCACGAAGCCAACAUGCUGAGAGAGAGAGCUGACCUUGCAACAAAGUGUCUGCAAGGAAAAGCUUCCCUGAGAAUGUAGUCAGGGAAAGGAGGAGGGCAGGUGGCCCUUUGACUGUAAAAUGUCCUUUGUAAACCCAAAGGCUUAUUCUGUUGCCUGCGUGUGAACAUUUGGUAGAGCUAUAUCAUUGUCUGUUAAUGUAUUAUAUUUUGAGAGAAUUUUUUGAUUUAAGGUUUUAUUGUUUGUAGUUCAAGCCAUUUUCAAAUAACUAUAUCUUGAGGGUGAGAGGAGAAGCAGGGAGGGAAAAGGGGUCAGGCACACUGGACAGGGUUCUCUAAGCAGUGAGGUUAGUGUGUGUGAUUGUCUUAAAAAUUUUUAAUAGAUAUGGCCGAGCGUGAUGGCUCACCCCUGUAAUCCCAGCACUUUGCGAGGCCAAGGCGGGCGGAUCACUUGAGGCCAGGAAUUUAAAACCAGCCUGGGCAAAACCCUGUCUCUACUAAAAAUACAAAAAUUAGCCAGGCAUGAUGGCACAUGCUGGUAAUAGCAGCUACUGAGGCGGCUGAGGCACAAGAAUUGCUUGAACCUUGGAAGUAGAGGCCGCAGUGAGCCAAGAUUAUACCACUGUCCUCCAGCCUGGGCUGGACAGUGAGACUGUCAAAAAAAAAAAUAAUAGAUAAAAUAGGCCACUAGAGGGUGCAGUUAUAAAGAAAUUGAUGAGGUUUUUACCUUUUUAAAAUAUUGGUUAAAAGUUCAAAAACCAUCCCUUAAAUGUGAUUCUUUUUUUGAGACGGAGUCUUGCUCUGUCACCCAGGGUGGAGUGCAGUGUCCUGUAAUCUCAGCUCACUGCAACCUCCACCUCCCGGUUUCAAGCGAUUCUCCUGCCUCAGCCUCCCUAAUAGCUGGGACUACAGGCGCACGCCACCACGCCUGGCUAAUUUUUUUAUUUUAGUAGAGGUGGGUUUCACCAUGUUGGCAAGGCUGGUCUUGAACUCCUGACCUCAGGUGAUCCACCCACCUCGGCCUCCCAAAGUGCUGGGAUUACAGGCGUGAGCCACCGCGCCCAGCUUAAAUGUGAUUCUUGAUACUGUUUUAAGUAUUUGGGUUGCAGUUGAACUUUGGCAAAGUCCGUCGACAUAAGCCCUGUGGCUGUGGCCUUAUGUACACUAUAAUGCAGACAGGUGCUUUUCAUCAUUCAUGUAACAUUCUCACACAGUUGAGGGUAUUCAUCUCCUCACCAGUUCCAAAUUGUAAAUGUACUUUCUUAAACAAUUCUGAGGUCACCAAACAGUAGUUAUUUGACUGUUAAUAGGUGCUACUUGCUUGCAAGGAUUUGGAGAUGUAAACAUGAAGAAAAUAUAGUUACUGCCUGCAAAGAAUUAAGAUUUAUCUAGUGAGAGAAACAAACACACCCCACUCACUAAGUAUGGAAAACUGAUUCUAGGAGGAAGCAGAAAUGUCCCUUAGAUACCAGCGUGUAUUGCAGAUGCCCAAAUGUUUAUUGUUUUCUCAGCCCUUCAAUUUUGCUUUCCUCUCUCAAAUGCUACAGACUCGAUUUAAAUCUUACCUUUGAUUGUUGAAAAAAGUCACUAAGAUGUGAAUACAGAAUAGACAUUGAGAAGUUAUAUAUGUCCGAAACUCAUCUGUCCAGCUGUCACUGUCCUCUUCAGAGUGGUCAUGUUGGGCAGAUGGGCACAGGUGCUGGUGAUGCCACUCCUGUGCAAAACGCCCUGUUUGUGGCGCUUUCAGAUAUUAUUUAUUUAUUUUUUAAGAGAGAGACAGGCUCUCUCUGUCACCCAGGCCGGAGUGCAGUGGCACGAUCAUAGUUACGCAGCAUCAAAUUCCUGGAACGAAGCAAUCCUUUUGCCUCAGCCUCGCGGCUAGCUAGGACCACAAGCAGUAGAGACAAGAUCUCCAUAUGUUAUACAGGCUGGGCUUGAACUCCUGGCCUCAAGUGAUCCUCUUGCCUUGGCCUCCCAAACACAGGGAUUAUAGGUGUGAGCCCCCGUGCCUGGCCUCAAAUUUUAUUUUAGCUCGACCCUAUGGCAAUUUGUGUUUGGAAAUCGUGAUGUGAAGUCAUCAGUAUCUGUGCAUAUCCCUAAACUAAUGGUUUAAGCUUUGAAGCACGUGCAAGCAACAUGAACAACUGAAUGCAGAAAGUAACUGCGGAAGCAGCACAGAGACUGUCAUCCCUACAGACUUCCUAACCCUGCAUUCAGCAACAUCAUUCGACCUGAGGCCAGAUUCAAACCCUAUGUCUUCUCGCAGGUUCUGAAUUUAGAGGACAAAUAAGGUGACAGGUACUAAGAGAAGAGUGAAUUAAGUGCAAGUCUUCCCUUUGUUAAGGAGCUUUUUAACAAGAGUGUCUGCUGGGUGGUGACUGGGAUGUGACAGAUCAGUUCUGCUGGAUGUGUAGCUUGAUAGUGAAAUAAGGAUCUUGGGCUAAGGUAUAAAUCAACACACUGCUUCCUUCCUCAAGAAGGUCUUAAUAUGAAGAAAAAAAUGUCAGUUGAACUAAAUUGUGCUUCACACAGCGGUUGAUUUGCAUUCUGAUGCAAGCCCCUGACCUCACAGACCAAGAGGAUCCCUGGCCGCCUGUGAAUGGCCCACAUUUGAGUAGCAUGUAAGUGAUGUGAAUAGGAAUUAAUUAUGGAUACAGCUACUAAGAUUGGGAAAAAUGAUCACGACAGUGGUACUACCUAAUUUCAUUAUGUACGCAGUAACCCUUGUUUGAGGUAGAGAAUUGAAGCUGAUUUUUCUGCAGAAGAUGAAUUUCUAUAAACAAGCCCAUUUUUAUAUUUUAUUAUUAAAACAAAAAUACCUCUAUUUGCUAUAUAGUAUAUUUAUGACUUAAAUUAUUAGCUAUGGUUUGCAUUUAGUAUAUGGCAGAUUGCCUGUGAGUCUGUUCAUUUUAACAACAUAUGGGGCUGGGCACGGUGGCUCGCGCCUGUAAUCCCAGCACUUUGGGAGGUUGAGGCGGGCAGAUCACUUGAGGUCAGGAGUUCGAGUCCAGCCUGGCCAACAUGGCAAAACCCCGUCUCUACUAAAAAUAUAAAAAUUAGCUGGGCAUGGUGGCAGACACCUGUAAUCCCAGCUACUCGAGAGGCUGAGGCAGGAGAAUCGCUUGAACCUGGGAAGCGGAUGUUGCAGUGAGCGGAGAUCAUGCCAUUGCACUCCAGCCUGGGAACAAGAGUGAAACUCGCAAAAACAGAAACAAAAACCCAACAUAUAUGGGCUGUUAAGAUAGUAAUUGUAACUUAGUAUAAAUAGUAAAUGAGUACAUCUUGAUUAAAAGCUAUGAAUUCAGAAUUGCUUUUAAAUAUAUAGGGGGUUUUUUGAAAUUUAUUACAGUGCAAUUGAAAAUACACUUAAAAUACUGCAGGAUGCUUAGUGCUCAGUGUUACGUAUGAACUUGUGGACUUUACAGUGCAGGUUGAGAACUGCUAAUGUAUAGAAUGACUAAACAGCUGUCUUUCAGGGAAUCUCAUUUUUAAAGGUAUAAGGAACAAACUUUAAUGUAUUGAAAUGUAUAAAUAAAAUUCAUUUUUUAUAUUU